AUGGAAGCUUGUCACUCUCCACAGCAAUCCAAUGUCACUUCAUCUGGGGCCAUAAUUUUGGCCAUCAUCAGCCUGGAGGCAUUUGCUGGCAUGUGGAUAAAUGCUUUCAUCAUUAGUGUGAUUUGCAUUGGCUGGGUCAGAAAGAAAACCCUGAACUCUAAUGAGAAGAUCUUGCUGCUUCUCAGCUUCUCCAGGAUUUCCUUUUUGUGCUUUGCAUGGGUAUGCAACUUCCUUUAUAUAAUUUAUCCUGAGUACUUUCAUGUUCACAUCAUACAUCAACUACUUGCAUCUUUGCAAACAUUUUUUAAUUGUUCCAACUUGUGGGUUUCUGCCUGUCUAUGUGUAUUUUAUUGCAUAAAAAUUGCCAAUUUCAGGAACAGCUUCUUCAACUACCUGAAAGUAAAAAUUGACAGGAUGGUGCCAUGGCUCUUGUUGGGAUCAGGGAUUUUAGCCUUGGCUAUUGGCAUCGUUACCUAUGACAUCAAUGAAACUAUGCAGAGUAACAACCUCAAUGAAACUUUGCAGAGUUACCACCUUAAUUUCACCUGCCUGGGAAAAUUUUGGACAGAAAGUAUCCGAAUUGAUAAAAAUCUUUUCACUUCUUUUUUUCUCAUUGGCUUAGGAUGUGCUAUUUCAUUCAUGGCAGUCAUUUGUGCUGCUCUUCUCCUUCUCGUUUCUCUCUGGAGACACAAACACAAGAUGCAGACAAACUCCAUGAAGGACCUCAGCGUGGAAGCCCACAUCAGAGCCAUGAAAUCUAUUCUCUCCUUCUUAGUGAUGUACAGCAUCAACUUUGUAUGUUUGAUCUUGACGAUAUUUUAUACCAUGAUGAAUGAAAAUACCAUGAUACUUCUUCUAUCCAUCUAUCUGUAUGCUUUUCCAGGUGUUCAUUCUCUUAUUCUGAUUUUCAGCAAUCCCAAACUGGAAAAGGCACUGUUACAGAUUCUCUCCUGUGUGAAGUGUGAGAUUUUCAUGAAGUAGGAAAUGAGAGAAAAGCUGGAGCCCAUGCAUAUUGUUGGUCUUUCACUGUAGAA